AUGGCGAAAAGACACAGGUUAACGACGAGCAAGCGUAAAGAGAUACGCAAAGAGCAGGAAAGGGCUUUGGACGAAUUGAAGAGAAGAAUUAAUGACUUUGGUGCCACCAAAUGUACUGCUUCUUCUUUUGAUGAGUUACCUAUUAGUGAAGUUACAUUAAAAGGAUUGAAAGAGUCAGGAUUUAUAAAACUGACAGAUAUACAGAGAGACUCUAUUCCAAUGGCCUUAAAAGGCCAUGACAUACUUGGUGCGGCGAAGACGGGAUCUGGUAAGACUUUGGCUUUUUUGAUUCCUGUUAUUGAAAAACUAUACCGUGAAAAGUGGACUGAAUUCGAUGGUCUUGGGGCGCUGAUAAUAUCCCCUACAAGAGAACUUGCAAUGCAGAUCUAUGAAGUGUUGAUAAAGAUCGGGAAGCAUACAUCGUUUUCAGCUGGUUUAGUUAUUGGUGGUAAGGAUGUGAAGUUCGAAAUGGAUAGAAUUUCUAAGAUUAAUAUUUUAAUUGGUACUCCCGGUAGAAUAUUACAGCAUAUGGAUCAGGCUGUUGGUUUAACUAGUUCUAAUUUACAAAUUUUAGUAUUGGAUGAAGCGGAUAGGUGUUUGGAUAUGGGAUUCAAAAAGACAUUGGAUGCAAUUGUGUCAAAUUUACCUCCAGAUAGACAAACUCUAUUGUUUUCUGCCACUCAAUCCCAAUCCUUGGCAGACUUGGCAAGGCUAUCUUUGGUUGAUUAUAAAAGCAUUGGUUCCGACACAUUACUCUCUAAAAACCAACCUGCCACUCCGGAAACGUUAGAGCAAUCGUACAUCGAUGUUGAACUUCCAGAUAAACUGGAUAUACUAUUUAGUUUCAUCAAGUCGCAUUUGAACUCAAAGACAGUUGUGUUUUUGUCAUCUUCCAAACAGGUACAUUUUGUUUAUGAGACAUUUAGAAAGUUACAGCCAGGUAUUUCUUUGAUGCAUUUGCAUGGAAGACAAAAACAAACUGCUAGGACAGAAACCUUGGACAAAUUUAGCAGAGCGCAGCAUGCUUGUUUGUUCUCGACCGACGUCGUUGCCCGAGGCAUUGAUUUUCCUACAGUUGAUUGGGUGGUUCAAGUAGAUUGCCCUGAAGAUGUUGACACUUACAUUCAUAGGGCAGGUAGAUCAGCUCGUUACGGUAAAAGCGGAAAAUGUCUUAUUAUGUUAACUCCACAAGAAGAACCCGGCUUCUUAAAAAGAUUGAAGACCAAAAUGAUAGAACCAAAAAAGUCAGUGAUUAAGCAGUCAAAACGUAAAUCUAUUAGAAAUCAGCUGCAAUCCCUACUGUUCAAGAGCCCCGAGCUCAAAUAUUUGGCACAAAAGGCAUUUAUAUCAUAUGUCAGAUCAAUCUACAUACAGAAGGAUACCGAAGUAUUUAAAUUUUCAGAGCUGCCUCUUGAAGAGUUUGCAUCUUCUUUAGGAUUACCAGGCGCUCCAAAGAUCAAAAUCAAAGGAAUGAAAUCUAUAGAGAGGUCGAAAGAAUUGAAAAACACUUCGAGGAAACUAUUAUUAUUGUCUAAAACGAACGAAAAUGGUGAUCUUGAAGAAGAAGAGAACAAACCAGUGAGGACUAAAUAUGACAGGAUGUUUGGCCGUAAAAACCAAACUGUCUUGAGUGAACAUUACCUAAACAUUACCAAAUCAGGAGGGGACACUAACGAUACUGACGAUUUUAUGACCAUUAAGCGUUCAAAUCAUGAGUUAAACGAAGAAGAUUUGCCGCAACCCAUGGUGAUAUCUUCCAAGAGAGCACAAAAGAGGGCAGUGUCAAAGAAGGCUUCUUUAUCGUCAAACGGCAAUCCUUCAAAGCUGAAGUUCGAUGAUGAUGGUAUUCCACAUCCAAUAUAUGAACUAGAAGGCGAGGAGGAAUUUCACAAGAAAGGUGACGCAGAAUCCCAAAAGAAAGAAUUUCUAUCCAAGGAAGCUGACAUUAUGGCAAAGGUUGAUGUGCAAGAUAAAAAACUUGCCAAGGACAAAAGACAAGAAAAGAAGAGAAAGAGGUUGGAGGCCCUGAAAAGAGAAAUGGAAUCACAACAAGAACGCCAUGACAGUGGAGACGAUUGUGAACACACCACAGGUUCCACUGCCGCAUACCUGAGAACACCCAACUUAAGCGAUGACAUGCAAUCAGACUACUAUGAUUCAGAUUACGCGGAUUCCAAUAAACCUUCUAAAAAGAAGAUAAAGCUUCUACAACGUGACCAAGAAGAGCGUUAUCUGGAGGACCGCCGUGCCAAUGACAUCAUAGAAGUCGAAGAGCCUCAAAGUUUGGAUGACCUGGAGAAUUUGACCUCAAAACUUCUUCAAGGUUAA